AUGAGUAAGUCAAUUGAAUCAACAACACCGGAGAUACAACUGCAGUCCCACAUAGAAUCUAAAGCAACACAUCACCCUACUCCACAUCAUCAUCAUCAUCUACAUCAUAUACAUCAUACUCAACAUAAACAUCCAACAACCCCACACCAUCAUCAUCAUAUUGUACAUCAUCAUCAUCAUCCUCCACAUCAACAUCACAAUCAUAAUCAUAAUCAUAACCAUAACCACAAAGAUGAAUCAAAACCAAAUGAAAAUACCGAAUCAAUGGUAAAUCAUACCACAAAAUUAUCAAAUACGCGACAUAUACCCAAGCUAAAUAUGGAACCAAUAGAAUCAAUAAUUAAAGAAUUAUUUCCUUAUAGAAAGUUUUUAGGAACUAUUAUAUAUAAUCCAACAACAACAUGGGAAACAUUACAAACAUCAUCAUUAUAUGGAAUAAGUAAACCAUUACAACAAAGAUUUAAAGAAAUUAAAAAAAAUUAUAAAAAAAGAUUAAGCUACAAUAAAAGACGAAAUUUAAAUUUUACAACAAGAUAUAUUCCAAUUAUACCACCAUUACCAAAAGAAUAUAUAAAUAGUAUAAUAGAAAUUAAAAUUCCAUUUAGAUAUAUAAUAGAAUUUAAACAAGAUUUAUAUAAUGGUUUAUUAAAAAGAGAAAUUUGGGGAGGAGCAAGUGGUAUAUAUACUGAUGAUUCAAAUAUUUUACAAGUUUUAUUACAUUUAGGAUUUUUUAAUGAUACAAUAGAUUUAAGUACAUGGAAUAAAAAAUGGCUGAAAAAGGAUAUUAUUAAACCUAUAUAUUUUGAAAAUUUUGAAAACUUUAAAAUUAAAAAUCAUAAAAGAAGAAAAAUUAAUGAAAAUGAUGGACGUAAAGAUGAAAUUAAAGAAAAUACUGAAAAUAGAGAAACAAAACAUGAUAUUCAAAAUAUAGAUGAUAAAGUAUAUGGAGAUUUAUCAAUUGAAAUAUUAUUAUUACCUCCAUUACCUUCAUAUCAUGGUUUUUUCAAUAAUGGUAUAAAUUCAAGAUCUUGGAAUUUAAAUCAAAAUUCAAAUGAUUUUCAUAAUGGUUUAAGUUUUGCCGUGUAUAAUAUAAAAUGGGAUAAAAGAAAUUCUUAUUUACAAAAUAAAUUAAUUUAUAAUCAAAUACAAGCAGAAGAUGAAGAAGACGAAGAAGAAGAUGAUGAUGAUGAUGAUGAAUUUUGA